AAAGGGAGUAAGUAGCAAAGCGGAAUACUUGUCUUUAAGAUCUGCGAUGGAUGUACGCCGAAUGGGAACUUUUCUCGUGGUUUUACUCUCCAUUUUCGCCUUCCAUGUUACCUCAGGUUUGCUAGAUCCUUCCCUUAUUGGGGUAGAACUUCAAAAGUUUGCCAGGGACGCGCUUGGAGUGGAAGAAAUGCAGAAUUAUCUUGAUGGUCUUCAGUAUCAUGAAAGGACGAUACGGGGAGAGGUCAUUACCCCUGAACUUGCCGUCAAACUGUCUGACAAAUUUAAAGUAAGGUUUGAAGUUGCCAAACGUCUUCAAAAGGCCGUGGAGGAGUCGUAUGCCAGGACAGAGUCUGUUCAGGUAUCUCCACAGAAAGAAUGCUGUAUGGUAAACAAAUCUUCUUUGAAAUAUGAUGUACGAUUCCGUUCUAAAGUGGACAUGGACAAUGUGUGCUUAAAAAUCUCUGGCAGUGCCCAGCCAAAUCCACGCUAUUUAGAUGAAGGAGUGGUCAGUGAAAUGAAAGAUAUCUCAAGAACGUAUCCUUUUAUCAAGUGGCAGUACUUUGGGUCAGAAGAAGGAGUCAUGACCAAUUUUCCAGUGUAUGACGAUAAAGACCCUUGUGAUAGAUAUGACCCUCGUUUCAGACCAUUUUACGUGGAAACUGCCACGCCUGAAGCGAAAGAUGUGGUGCUCGUCAUCGAUACAAGUGCAUCUAUGGACACGACAAAACUUACCGGCGCUAUCCAGGCUGCUAAUACAGUGUUGGAAACAAUGAACCCCAAGGACCAGAUUGGAAUUGUGUCAUUCAACGAUGACGUUUCAACACCAGGAGAACUUGGAACAAAAAGCCCUUGCUACAGUGAAAGGCUGGCCCAGGCGAUCCCUACAAAUAUUGAAGAGAUGAAGAGAUACGUACGCAACCUGAUACCACAUGGUUCCACCAAUUACAAACAAGCUUUUAAAAAAGCAUUCAGUCUGCUCAAGAACUCAAUUUCUGGGGAGGAGAGAAAGGGUAAGAAGAGAGUCAUCUUAUUCUUGACGGAUGGCGCUCCAGCUGAUCCCGUAAAAGAUAUUUUUCAAACCAUCAGAGAUGAAAACUUUGCGCUCAACAACUCUGUUGUUAUCCUAACAUAUGGAUUUGGAGAGGCUGACUCCGCGAUUCUUGAGGACAUAGCGAUACAAAACACACCAAAGUAUGGAAUACCUGCCAACGUCUCUGUUGGUGAUAUCACACCUGGAAGAUACAAAUUCGUGCAAGACAUAAACAACUUGAGAGGUGAAAUGGCUAAGUAUUACAAUUUGUUUUCACUGGGGAUCCGGUUCGAUCCAGUUGUAUCUGUUCCGUACAUUGAUGCCUUUGGAACAGGACUUUUGAUGUCGAUUACCCUGCCCUGUUUUCAUAACGGAGAAUUUAUCGGUGUAACAGGCACUGACAUCAAUAUUGAAGACUUGUUAUCAGACAUAACUUUUUUCAAUCAAGGCCAGAGUACUUAUGCGUUCAUGAUCACCAAUUCCGGUAGGACCCUCAUACAUCCUCUUCUCCCAGAGCCCACUCACGCUUACGGUGAGCCUGUUUAUUUGGACAUCAGAGCCUUGGAACCAGAGAAAGAUUUCAUCGAAGUCUUUGAGUCAAUUCAAAAGAGAAUUGGAGGUUCGAAAACGUAUGUUGCAAAGCGAUUUUUGCCACGAGGUGGAACAGAAAAGGAGGGAGUGACAAUGAAGGAAGUUAAUACUACAUAUUUCUGGACACCAAUCGAGGACAUCGACUUCUCUCUUGGCGUCGUAGUACCAGUAUCCCAUUCUAAGGAUGAGCUAAGUUCGCCUUCAAUUUCAAGCGGAUACAAGUUUGAUUACCACCGAAUCGACUUAUACAAUCCUGGAAAACUAUGUUCUCAUUUUGGAAUUACCGCGACAAAAGACACAACAGUGGUCAAGUUUGCUCCAGGGGCGUACAAAGACCCCUACAACUACAUUGGUAUCGAUGAAACAAAAGCUGAUGUUGAGCUAUUGAAUGCUUAUAUGAAAGAUGAGGAAGGAAGUGUAGCCAAUCCUGGCCUAAAAAAUGAUAUCAGGGGCACAGUGAGAGCAACAUGGAAAGUGGAAGACCUGUGGCUGCGUGAAAAAACUGACCUCACACAGUAUUUGGUUUGGCGUUACAUUGGGACAUCAAAUGGAGUUUUCAGGUUCACUCCAGGCACAAUUGAAAACAAACUUUACGACCCAAGACAGAGACCCUGGUAUCUUACCGCCCUGUCUCACACAGGACUGAUAGCUCUUACAACUCCAUACUUUGAUUUGGGAGGAGCUGGAGUAGUGAUAACCGCUGGCAGAACCUUGUAUCGCGGAGAGUCGAGUCACGUUCACAAUACCAAUGAUGAAGUGUUGGGAGUUAUGGGGGCUGACUUUCCCAUCACGUAUUUCCAUAGGUUACUAACUGAUGUGUAUCCAAAAUGUAAGGAGACCAAAUCAUACUCUUGUUUCGUAAUGGACAGCGCUGGCUUUCUUAUCAUGCACGAGGACUUCUUACUUCCCUCGGCUACAGCGUCAGACGUACAAUAUGUGCAUAUCACAGAGAAAGAAAAACACAUCGCCGAAGACCUCAUCAAGAAAAAUUACUUGAUAAAAAAGCAGUGCCGCCAUCUGGAUGAGAUUCAGAAGCAAAGCUUUUAUGAAGUUAACCUAACAAAAAUUGGAGUAGACACUCUUGCAAGUGAUGUAAGAUGCUCGAAAUACCAGCUAAGACAAAUCAAAGGAACCAAUUCCUACUUAGGAGUUGCUAUAAGAGACUCAUUUUGCCCUCCAGAGGCAUGUCCCUGUUCAUCAGAUAACGAGUGCUCUCUUCUUAACCCUACGUGCGAGUGCCCUUGCACCUCCCGCCUGGAGUUUCAUUAUUGUCGUAACCUUUUCCCCGAAAGCAGCCUCCCAAUCUGCCCACCUCCAUUACCAAGUGCUAAACCAACGAGUGACUCUACCCCUUCCUUUCCUUGCACCUCCGGAUCUGGGUUAGAAAAGUGUUUCAUUCCUCACUGUGGUGAAAGGAACACUUCACAAGAGUGUGAAGGCGUUGUGGGAUGCUACUGGUGCAAACACGACAAGGAUGAUAUACCACUGAUUAAACCGUACUGCGCUGCUGCUGAGGUGUGCUUCAGAGGAAAGGAAGUUGAACAAAGAGUAUGUCCAACUGAUCUUCAAGGUCCAAAACCAUCAAGCCCUAUCGAUCGAAAAAACAGCAGUAAACUGAGCGAUGAUUCGAAUCAGUUGUCGUCUGGAGCUAUUGCUGGGAUUGUCACAGGAUGCUUGUCUGCUUUAGCUGUGGUAGUAAUGGUUUCGAUCUUGGCGUUAAGACAUUUUCGUAGCUACAGUCAACCACCCACCAGAAAGGACACCAGCGCAUCCACGGAAUACAUCAUAGAUCCUGAAAACUUCGAGAACACCUCUAAUAUCACUAAACGUCCACCAGCACCUCUUCCUCCAGAAGCCCAGACUCAAUCUUCCGACUUCGAUGAAUAUUAUGAAGAACCUGACGAUCUAAGGCGAUCCCACCAAGCUUCAGUUGAUUCCACUCCAUGGCCAGCACCCUAUGAAGAAAUAAGGGUCCGAGAAAGUAGUAAGCCACCACCUACACCAGAAAGGAAACUAUCCACUGUAACAACUCGAGGUUUUCAUCGAACUACGAGCCUGCCCCCUUCUACUAAUGACGGAAGAGGGAAAACUCUUGGAAAUCAUUCUGUAGCUCGAACGGUGAGCACAUCUGCGACCCACUCCUCUGGGGCAAGGUUCAUUGGACCAAUAAAAAUGCAUUCAAUUGAGAGAAGACUGCCUGAGAUUCCGGAAAAGAGGCGUCCAUCUGUUGUACCCCCACCACCGUCCAUCUCCGAGGAAAAGCUUUCAAUGGAAGAUAAACCACCACAAACUGUUUCUCCUAUUGUUCACGACAACCAAGAGCGUCCUUAUGGAAACAUAUCUCAAAUGUUACCUGCUCAGAAUCACUCGUUAGCAACCAGCGCGUUGUCGUCUACUGAUGACACAGCGACGCAAGAUACGUUGCAUAAGCCAAAUCUUCAACAUCGUGAUAGUGGGGGUUCUAUUUCCCUUGAUCCUGAUGGGUAUAUAGAAUUUACCGGUGAGAUUGCGGCCGUGCAGGACAUUUAAAAAGGAACCAGAAGUAAAGGAGCUUGUGUAUGUGCACCUACAGCUCAUGCGUUACUUUGUCCAUCGGACAGUAAAAAAUGACGAUGUAGAAUUAUACUGAUAGAGGCGAAUUUUGUUUAUAAGAACAUCAAGUUUUAAAUCACGCCUGGUGCAAUAAG